AUGUCGUCAUUCCGGAAAAAGAGCACCAGCACAACAGAAAGUAGUUCGAGUUCCUCAUCCGGCAGUUCUUCUAGUGGCAGUACUAGCUGCUCUAAUUCUGGCAGUAGUUCUUCCGAUACUGAAUCAAGUAGUUCACCUGAUGAGAAAAGUGGGGUUGAAGAAGUCCCUUCAACAACUAAAAGCCAAGCAAAUACUCGUCGUAAGAGUUCGGAUAUCAAAACUACUGUAAAAGCAGAUAAUGCCGAUAAAGCCGAUAAAGCUUCUUCUAAUCAAACAGUUUCUUCUAAAACACGACCAAAUAACAGUAAUACAACAUCUUUGCGACAAACUCGUGUAAGCAACCCAUCGAGUGAUGAAGAACUUCCACUCAGUAAAAAGUCGACAAGACCAUCAGCAACAAACAACACCACACAAAAGCGUAAACUUUCAGCAUCAAGUGCAUCUGCAACUCAAAGUCAAAGUAAUCAACGAGCGACUGGUGGUAAAGCACCACAAAACAAUUCUGGGAGAUCAAAUCCGCAAGCAAACAAAAACUCCGGUACUAAUCCGAAGUCACAAAACGUUACUUCCAAUGCUGAUACGGGCUUAGAUGUGAAGAAAAAUUCGGCUGCUAAAUCACCACAGAGAUCGGAUGACUCAGAUCGAGAUUUAUUUCCAUCUAGUCGAAAUAAGUCUGAACGUAAAGGCCAAGUAAAACUCUCAGCGCAGGCUGGUACUACAGCAGUUGGUAAUAACUCAGAUAAUCGAUCAAAGCAAUCGAAAUCUAAAGUGCAGCCUAAGCGUAAUGUGGUUGCGAAAAGUAAGAAUAAAAGUUCAGAUGAAGACGAAGAUGAAGAAGAUUCCGAGUCAGAAAGUGGAAAAUCCACUACUUCAAGUGAGUCAGAAGCAACUGAGAGCAGUAACUCCUACGAUACUCAACCCGUAAAAUCAGUUAAAGGGAAACGAGCACCUACUGCGGCAAAAAUUACGAAUUCUGAUUCGGAUGAUGAGGCUCCUCGUAAACUUACCCGUUCUCUUAGCACUCGGCGUUCCAGGCAACAACAGAAAUCAUCUGCUGGCGUCGGUGGCGGGACAGAGAGUGAAUCUGAUGCCGACUUAGAUAUGGAGAAGCAUUCUUUAUCCAAGAGCCCCGCUAAACGUUGCGUUUCCUCCAGUGGCGGUAGUAAAUGCAAGGUAAAGAAAGAGAUUGGAGUGUUUGGUACAACACCGGCCAAACCACGCUCACUGUCACCGCCUCAACAUUUAGAAAAAAAGUGUCCAAUAGAAGGUUGUGAUUCUUCGGGACAUUUGAGCGGUAAUUUAGACAGACAUUUUUUACCAGAAGCCUGUCCAAUUUACCAUAAUAUGUCGGCAUCCGAGUGUAAGGAACGUGCUAAUGAGAGACAAUUACGAAAUGAACGGCGCAUACUUACUAACGAUUGCAAUUCAACUAAUGCUGAUGGAAGUAAUCAAAAACAGCGCACUACUGAACAAACCGAAUUUUUGACGAAGAUUCGCGAGUCACGAACGAGAUUUCGUCCAAUAGCUGCAGCGAUAAAUACAGAGAAGGUCAAACUUGAAAAGGACUGCACUGAUGAAGAUCGAGAACCUAGUCUAAUAGGGUUAGUACCCGAUUAUGAUCUACAACUGUUUCGCGAUGCCCAAGCAAUCGCAUCCGAAAGAGUUGAGGAUGAAUUGAAAGACCUGCCUGUGGGAAAAGGCAUUAAAUAUAUAACAAUGGGCAAAUACAAGAUGAAAGUUUGGUAUCAAUCACCCUAUCCCGACGACGCUGCGCGUCUACCUCAAAUGUAUAUAUGUGAGUUCUGUUUAAGGUAUCAAAAAUCUGAAACUGGUAUUAAGCGGCAUGCCGAGAAGUGUGUAUGGCGUCACCCGCCAGGUGAUGAAAUAUAUCGAAAAGGCAAGCUGCAAGUGUGGCAAGUAGAUGGUAAACGGCACAAACAAUACUGUCAACAUUUGUGUCUCUUGGCGAAAUUCUUUUUGGAUCACAAAACCCUGUACUAUGAUGUGGAACCAUUCCUUUUUUACAUAAUGACUUUGGCUGAUGUCGACGGUUGUCACACGGUUGGAUACUUCAGUAAGGAAAAGAACUCGUUUUACAACGUUUCGUGCAUUUUAACUCUCCCACCAUAUCAGCGGAAGGGCUACGGGCGCCUACUGAUUGACUUCAGUUACCUUCUGACUAGAGUGGAGGGCAAAAUUGGAUCGCCGGAAAAGCCACUGUCGGACUUGGGUUUGAUAUCUUAUCGGUCUUAUUGGAAAGAUGUGUUGCUGGAUUAUCUGUGCACGCGAACCGGAAAUACCUUGAGCAUUAAAGAUGUAUCGCAGGAAACGGCAAUAUAUUCAUAUGAUAUCGUGAGCACUUUGCAAGCCUUAGGCAUGAUGAAGUACUGGAAAGGAAAGCAUAUCGUACUUAAGAAGCAAGAUGUACUCGACGAGUACGAAAAACGUGUUAAGCAAAGGGGCAAUUUUCCAAAAAUCGACGACAGUUGUCUGCGCUGGAGCCCGUUUGUUCCAACCCAAACUAAUAACUCCCCAUAAUAGUAGGUCCUAACUUCUCGUACGGAGGCGAUAGUCAUCAUCUACGUGCACUGAUUAAUAUAGUUAAUAAAUAUAAUUUUAUGAUCAGACCGUGGUUUGGCAACAGUGUAUAUAUUAAGCUGCGACUUAACUUAUUGAAUACCGUACCAAUAUUUAUCGUGUCAACUCACUCUCAUAGAGAGUCAUAGUGCAAGCCACUCGAGUGGAAGUGAUGAUCUCCACUAUCACCGUUCUUUGCGUUCUUUAUAAGCUCUGAACUCUCUUUAAAUUAAAAAAAAUCCUUAUAUCGAAUAUGAAUGGCGUUCAAAACAAUUGCACAAACAUUGUAUAUAGUAUAUUAGUAAACCAAAUAUUUAGAUAAUUAUUAGUGGGAGAUUGUCCACUCAACAAAUCAUUCACGAUUUUUAACAAGCAAAAUUGAUAUUGUUAAAUUUAAAAUAUUAAUUGUAAAAUAUGU